AUGCUAGAAGAAGCAACUGAAAAAUGGAUCCUAUAUACUGAUGGUGCUGCUAAUGUUAAAGGAAUAGGAUUAGGUAUCGUACUAAAAUCGCCACAGGGGGAUAUCAUACCCCAAGCAGUAAAUUGUCAUUUCAUAGCUACUAAUAAUGAUGUAGAAUACGAAGCUUUAAUUUCUGGUAUGCAAUUGGCUAAAGAUAUGAAUAUUAGGAACCUUAAAGUACAUGUAGAUUCAUUACUUUUAGCAAAUCAUUUUAAUGGAUCAUACGCUGCGAAAGGAGAAAAAUUAAUGCAAUAUCUAGAUAUAGUUAAGAAAUUAGCUGAAAAUUUUGACUUAUUCGAUAUAGAACAAGUACCUAGAGAAGAAAAUGUUGAAGCUGAUGCCUUAGCAAACCUAGGUUCAACAACUAAGAUUUCGUUUGAAACUAGUAUUCCUAUAGUUCAUGUUCUAUAUCCUGCCAUAGAUAAAGAUUCUCAUAAAACUUUAGCUAUUCAAGAUAGUGAAACUGGAGAAUCUGAAAACAAUCAAACUUCAUGGAUGACACCUGAAAGGAAUAUAUAA